AUGGAUCGACAGCGCAAUGAUACUGGAUGGACCCCGCCUCGCAGAGACGGCACUAGUCCAUCCCUUCCUUCAACAGUCGACGGUAGCAGGAAUAGGAACCUUGGAUCAGACCGUCGGCGACGCGCCGCCAUAGCAUGCCGUGUUUGCCGGGCUCGCAAGGUCAAGUGUUCCAAUGAGAAGCCUUCCUGUGCGGGAUGCGUUAGGCUCGGCUGCGAAUGCGUGUAUCCCAAGCCCCCGAGAAACGGGCUACAGCCUUCCAACGAAAGCAACUCUGAAGUUAUCGGCCUUCUCCAUGAUAUCCUCCAGAGGUUACCGCCGGCACAAAAGCAUGAGAGAGAGGCUAGUCACGCCCUUCCUGUCAUUUCACUCGCCUUUACAGCCGUAGACCAUGUUUUUGGAUGGCCAGUAUUCGAUGCUAAUAGAUCAGACGAUUGGGCACCCUUUUGCGUCUUAGCUGCUACCAAGAUGCAGGACUUUCAGCACAAGGCGAGCCCGGCCAUUGGCACGCAGCAGCUGGACUGGGAUGAAAUUCCCGCGUUGUUGACGAAAUUCCUGCGAAUGGCCCACACCAUGAAUCCCAUUCUGGACUGCACCACUCUGAUGAGAUACGGGAGGGCUGUUGCUGAACUGGGCCCGCAGUGGGACUCUCGCACGUGCCUUGUGCUUGUUGCCGCGGCGCUAGGCGCAAUUUCUAGCCCCUUCAGUUCCUUUCCUGACACGGUAGAGAGUCUCUCGAGCUCCUCAUCGCAACAAGGCGGCACUGCGUCUCGUCAAAAGGCUCAAUCAUAUUACGAGUACGCCCGGAGGCGAUUUGGUCUGCUGGGCAUUAGCCUUACGUCAUGUCAUUGCUACUUCUUGUCAGGAGUAUAUCUUUUAUACACUCUGCGUCCGAUAGAAGCCUGGCAGGCGUUUUCUCAGGCGUCAUCGCAGUACACUGUAUACUUGAAAUGCCUGGCCACGAGACGUGUUACACAAACAACAGAUCCUAUUGAUAGCGACCAGAUCCCUGACGAACAUGACUGUCAUGAUGAUCUGAGACAUUGCCUCGAGCAGCGGCUCUAUUGGAGCUGUGUCAAGUCUGAAAAUGACAUGUGCAGCGAGGUCGAGCUGCCCAGAUCUGCUUUGCACGCCCUCAAUUUUCCCUACCAAUUCCCUUCCCCUCCAACACCGAAAAGCGUCGACGGAUUGGAUGAUCGUCAAUACUUUGACACAUCAGCAUCAUCAGCCACUACUGUUUCGUCAGUGUCUAGUCAUACUGUUGAUAUACCGGAUUUUAAAGAAAUCCAUGAGAACUCGUGGUUCAACUACCUUUCCGAGUUAUCUCUCUCUAAGCUCUCAGUCCGCGUUGAUCAGGCGUUUUACUCGGGACCCCCGUCUGCAUGGGCGAGUAUGGAUAUACUCGACAUGAUAAGCACGGCACGAACUUUUGAGAAGCAGAUAGAGCAGUGGCAAGAGACUCUUCCAGGUACCAUUUCUUGCUUCAACAAGCCACUGAACCUGCCGACAGUCAGUGAGUUUCAGUUGGCGCCUUGGUUGCGAUCCGCGAAUAUCAAGCUGCGCGUCUAUCGCCCAUUCUUGUAUCUCCUUGCACACGGCCAGGAUCGAGACUGGUCGAUCAAUGAGUCACUGACACAGCUGGCAGAAAAGGCGGUACUAAUCUGUCUUGAUCCGCUGUUCAACCUUGGACUGAGACAUAGACAUGCUGGAGCGUGGCUUAGGUGCCGUGAUACAGCCUGCCGCGCCAUGAUACUUGUCUGUGCGGCGCGAAUUGGGCUCCUAAGCAGGAUGGCACUUGAGCAACAAGCGCAGGAAGCACUAAAGAUAUGCAUUGCACAUAUGCGCUAUUGGGAGGCAGAGGCAGAAGACAUUCGCGUAGCUCGCCAAGCUCUUGAACGUAUGAUUUGA